CAGCAGGAACGAGUCGAUCCUUCAACCCCAAACCCCUCUCUGGCUUCGGGUUUCGGGAUUCCUCCCAAAACCCCCUCGACUUCGCCGCUCCUCCUCCUCCUCGAUGUGGUCGUCGUUGUCAUCGUCUUCCCGGAGGCAGCCGCUCUCCGCGCGCCCCCCGUACAGCAUCGCUGGUUCGUCCUCAUCAGACGAGGGAGGGGUGACCACGGGGGAUGAUAUGCUGGACGCCCUCGUUGAGGUGUUCCCGCAGUUGAAUUUCCUAACACUGGUAGAAGUUUGCAUGGAAUAUAAGGAUAAUAUAGAUGGCGCUGCAGAUUAUAUUAUCCAUACUGUCCUUCCGAGUAUACAGGAUGACAAUAAUGCAAAUGCAAACAAUGAUUCACAUAUGAAAGGGCGUACUUCAGUGGAUAAUGAUGCAAAUUCAGUGGAUAGUGAUGCGGAUUCAGUGCAGUCUGACACAUAUGAGGAGAAGGAUAGCCUUAUGAGUGGAAAUUCUAAUUGUUUGGUUGCUGGUUCUCUAAAUUUGAAACCUGGAGCUUCAUCUUUUGAAGAUGAUUUGGAAAUCCAAGACGAUGAGUUAGCCGAGGAGGAUAGCCUUGUGAGAGAAAAUAAGGAUAAUCAUAUGGGAGAAAAUUCUGAUCGUUUGGUUGUUGGUUCUCUGAAUUCGAAACCUGAAACUUCAACUUUUGAGGAUGAUUUGGUAACCCAAGGUGAUGUGUUACUUGGUACGGCAGCACAGUCAGUCUACCCUAUCAGACUCGAGUCACUUGACAAUGCAAUUGCUGACGAAAAAGACAAGAAGGUUAUUUUAAUGUCAAAUGUAACAGCGAUAAGUCAAAUGCUAGAAGACAUAAACUUCAAAGAAGAAAAAGCAAAACAAGCUGUGUUACAGUCAACUAAAGCUGGCAAUGAUAUUCUUGUGAAGGUGGAGGAGUUGAAAGAGACGACAAUGCUUGCAGCGGAAGAUAACGACAAAGUUGCAGGGGAGGUUUUCGCUGAGCAGUCUAUUCUAGCAUCAGAAGCACAUGGGCUUCAAGCUCGGUUGUCUAACAUUUCUGAGGAAAGUAAUAAUUAUUUCUUAAUUAUAGACGAGAUGCACAAUACUCUUCAAGAAAGACUUGCUGCAGCCGAAUUAGAGACUAUACUAUCUAAGCAAGUGAAGAUUGACAGAGAAUCAUUGGCUAAGAAAAUGCUGAAUGAACAACAAAUCUUAGUUAGAGGUACAACGGAAAGAUCUAAGAAGCUGGAAGAACAAGUAAAGUAGAACGCUAAGUUGAGGGAGCUACUAAUGGACCGAGGCCAAGUUGUGGAUGUAUUGCAGGGGGAAAUGCUUGGAAUUUUCGACAAAAUUUCACAGCUUCAACUCAGGGUGCAAGGAUCAUCGAGCAUGUCCUGCUCAUCCAACUCUGCUGAUAACAUUGCACAACCCCAGUGCGAAGUUGACGAGCGACAAAAUUCUGUUGAGUGCGAAUUACAUAUAGCUUCACCAAGCUUGUCAAGCUCAUUUAGAUCAACGGAUAGCACUGCACAAGCACAAGCAGUUGAUGAGGCACAACUUCCUGUUGAUGAGCUGUUGCUCCCCGCCGACGAGAGUGAGCCACUGCAACAUUACACAGAUGAUGAGCCACAAGUUCCUGCUGAUGUACCACUACUUGUUGGUGAACCACUACAAUUAGGUUCAUCAAGUUCAUCUAGCUCGCUGAAAUCAUCAGAUAACAUUGCUGAACUCCUGGGAAGGGUGCUUGACGUGCAUUUUACUGUUGAGUCACCACAGCUAGCUUCAUCCGGCUUAUCCAAUUUGGUGAAAUCAUCAGACAAUAUUGCAAUCUUCCAGAAAAGUGUUGAUGUCGAUGACUCGCCACAACUUCCUUCAUUUAGCUUGGCCAGCCCUGAGAAACUAACUGCUUCCAACUCAGAGAAACUAACUGCUUCCAAGAGUAGUUGGUCGUCUGCUGUAGAGUCAAAUCCAGUUAUCAGUGGUGACGACGAGACCGAUGAUGAUAGCUGGGAUGUAGUUGAUGAUGAAGCCAUGUAUAUGUGUACCAACUAGCCGUAUGAACACUAUAUGUAUGCAUCUUUAGUUCAUUGAGCCAUGGCCUUCUAGUUAGAAGAGAAACCGUAUCUGGGAAUUUGCAAGUUUGCUUAUCUGGAGUUAUAAUACAGGUUUUGAAUAAGUUCGCGAAGAGUACUCGUCUCGUCUAAAUGGUUGGU